AUUUGCCUAUCUUCAUAGCGAAAACCGGUGUGACAAUUAAAGAAGUUAGAGGUUAGGUUUAAAUUUUUAUAAAAAAAUUAUUUUAGCCCCGAUAUAAGAAGAAUCAACAAGAAUGUCGAUACUUAAAACGUGUAGUAAUCUCUUAAGAGCAUCGAGGACUCUAAUGAAACAAAACACAUUUCAAAUCGAUGUUUGCAGGACGCUUUAUUCUGAGGCAGCUUUAGGCUUGGAUUCCUUUGAAUAUCAAAAGAAUAGAGUUAGAACACAAAUAAGCGAUGUAGAAGAAAAGUUUCGUACAAAAAUGUCCGAAUAUGUUACUGAAAAUUCAAAGAAUAUCAUCUUUACGGAGGAUUUAAAAAAUAUGAUUUAUCUUGCCAAAGAGGGUGAUGUUGAUUUAGUUGUUAAGAUGAUGAAGCGAUUUAACUCUCAAAAUAAAGAGCUACGAUUUGGUAAUUUCAUCUUUGGUCCUGUUGUAAUGAGAAUGUUUUAUAAACUAAACAAACCAAAUGAAGCAUUGGAAUGUUACAAAUCUCCCGAAUUAACAGGAUUUUUUGACCAAUUAAUGUCCCAUCAAGUCCUUUUUGAUCUCUUAUACGAGAACAAAAUGUACAAUGAAAUGUUAGAUUUAUAUAAUUUAGUUAAAGAGAAACAAAUUGAGUCAUUAAAAUGGGCAAGGAGUUUGGUUGUUUUAACUAUGGCAGCUUGUUAUAAAUUGAAUACUGAGGAAAGUUUGGAAUUUGCAAUAAAACUUUGGAAGGAUAUUUCUCAAGUGGGUAAUUUAGCUGCACGAAGGUCAAUCACUUUUUGUGCAGCUUUAAUGAUAAAUAAGGGUAAACCAGAAAUUGCUUUAGAAAUACUUAGCUCACUUAAAAACCAAAAUUAUACAACAGUAAGAAAUUUAAAGGUGUUAACACUUCUUCAAUUAAAGCGUAUUGAUGAUGUUUUACCCAUUUUAAAAUCAGUUUUAACUGAAGAAGCUGUUCAUACGUUUAAUAAAGAUGUUGUGGAAGCAGUAGAAAAUUAUUUAAAAAGUGAAAAUAACGCUGAAUUAACCACGGAAUUUAAUCGCGUUGUAAAAUAUUACAAAGAACAUGGAAACAUUUCUGAAAGUACACUUGAUGAUAACCUUUGUUCUGUUAUAAAUAAACUACAACCACGACCUGAUUUUAACCAAUACGGUCAAUUGCAAAGGAGGGAUCAAAAUAAUAGGCGCCCAAGAUAUGAUUUUAAUGAUAAGAAAGGAGGUGGUGGGUUUACAACAAGAAAAGUUUCGUUAUCACAAAUGGAAUAAUUUUUUUGAUAAUAUAAUUAAUAAAUGAAGUUAUUAGAAAAAA